CAGCCCUGCCCUGGAGGAACUGCCCUCAGCUCUCCCAGCCCUGCAGCUGGCAUCGAGGCUGCCAUCCAACAGCAGAAAAUCCAAACCUCAGAAGCCCUGCUGAGAUGGGAAAAAUCAUAGUUUAUGAGCAUGCUAACUUCCAGGGUAUGUCCAAAGAAUUCCACACCAACAUUGCCAACCUAAAAGAUGCAGAUUGGAAUGAUUGUAUCUCCUCAGUGAGAGUAAUUGGCCAUCCUUGGGUGGCUUAUCAGCAUGCAAACUAUAAAGGACAGUUACUGGUACUUGAGGAGGGAAAUCAUGACUUCGUUGGUAAAAAGAUGAAUGACAAGAUCAGCUCUCUGCAGGUGAUCACUGAAAAUCUGCACAAUCCCCAGAUCACUCUCUAUGAGCAUGCUGAUUAUCGAGGGAAGAGCAGAAUAAUAAGAGAAGCCACCAAUCUGUCCAGGGGACAUGACAAUGACACCACAUCUUCACACAAAGUCCAGAAAGGUGUCUGGCUGCUGUGUGAGCACGGUGAUGGAAGUGGAUUUCAAUACAUUGCUCGAGAGCAUGAACACCUUCCAAAUUACAAGGCAAUCAAGUUCAAUGACAAGCUUUCCUUCCUGCGUCCCCUUCGCCCUGGCUGUGGCUGUUAGAUUGCAAAUCCUGCAGCGCUGAGAAAAGAUGCAGCUGCAGCAAGAAAACUAAGACCUUGUUCUCUGCCUCUGCUUGUGCUGCCCUUUCCCCCAGUGUCACAGGACCACCAGAUAUGAGAGCUCUCCUGCCCCACAAAUGGCCUCUGCCAUUGUCUGUAAUCCAUUUUGUGUGGGUGCCAAUAAAGAAUCUUUUGCAAUCA